AUGAAACAACAUGACUUUGGAAGGAGCGAGUCGGGUCUACCGCAGAACUCCUGCGACGCUCCGCCAAGGUCAGAGGUCAGCCAGAACCAGAUUAUCCUCCUGGGUUUGUCUGAGGACAGACCAGCUGGUUGCCAUGACGACGAGCUGGCAAAGGGCGGAGCCACAGAGCAGAAGGAUGACAGGUGUGCCCACCCAGUCGACAGCGCGGGUUUCUUCUCCUUCAUGACGUUUCAUUGGCUGACUCCUCUGGCUCUGCAAGCUCGCAGGAAAGGGCAGCUCCUAUUGGAGGACGUCUGGCCUGUGGCGCCGAAGGAGCGUUGCCAUGACAACAGCGUGAGGCUCAGGACGCUGUGGGAGGAGGAGCAGAGGUCCAAAGGAACCGAGGCGUCCCUAUGUUCGGUCGUCUGGACCUUCUGCCGGGCCCGGCUCCUCCUGUCCAUCCUCUGCCUCACCGUCACUCAGAUCGCCGGAUUCAGCGGCCCGGCGUUUGUGGUGAAGCGUCUGCUGGACUACACCCAGCAGGAGGAAUCGGACCUGACCUCCGGGUGGCUGCUGGUCCUGGGGCUCCUGACCACGGAGCUGAUGCGGUCCUGGUCUCUGGCUCUGACCUGGGCCCAGAACUACCGGACCGGGUGCAGGCUGAGAGGAGCUGUGCUCAGCUUGGCCUUCGAGAAGAUCCUGCGACUGCGCAGUGUCCGGGACAAGUCUGUGGGCCAGCUCAUCAACAUGUGCUCCAGCGAUGGGCAGCGGAUGUUUGACGCAGCGGCGGUGGGCAGUCUGCUAGCGGGUGGCCCCCUGUUGGCCGUUCUCGGUGUCGCGUACAACCUGUACAUCCUGGGUCCAACAUCGCUGCUGGGAUCCUCCGUCUUCAUCCUCUUCUAUCCCUCCAUGAUGUUCAGCUCCAGGAUGACGGCGUACUUCAGGAGGAAGGGCGUGGCCGUCACCGACAGGCGAGUGCAGAAGAUGAACGAGAUCCUCAGCUACAUCAAGUUCAUCAAGAUGUACGCCUGGGUGAAAGCCUUCUCGGGGCACGUCCAAAGGAUCCGGGACGAGGAGCGCCGCCUGCUGGAGCUCACAGGGUAUUUCCAGAGCAUCACGGUGGGCGUGGCUCCCAUCGUGGUCGUCAUCGCCAGCGUUGUGACGUUCUCCACCCACAUGUUGCUAGGAUACGACCUCACAGCCGCUCAGGCCUUCACUGUCGUCACGGUGUUCAACGCCAUGACCUUUGCCCUUAAAGUGACGCCAAUUUCUGUCAAGUCCCUGUCGGAGGCUUCAGUGGCCGUGGAGAGAUUCAAGAGUCUCUUCCUGUUGCCAGAGAUUGACAGCGUCCGAGCGUUGCCUAGCGACCCUCUUGUUGCCGUGGAGAUGUGCGGAGCCUCUCUAGGAUGGGAAGGCGCAGGGCACAGCGCCCAGGCCAGCCCGUGUGUCCGAGCAGCCGGCCGCCAUCGACAGAGAGAAAAGUGCAGAGACGCAGGUGUCCUCCAGGACAAGGAGGAGAAGGAGGAGGUGACCGGUUCCCUGUUGGGUGGAGACGCAGAUUCAAGUCCUGAGGAGGAAGAUGGGGAUGAGGAGGACAGCUGUCCCCCCCUCCUGACGGCCCCCCAUCCCUCCCAGCGUCCUCAGAGCACCCUGCACUGCAUUACCCUGAACGUCCAGCAGGGACAGUUGCUCGGUGUCUGCGGCUGCGUCGGCAGUGGGAAGACCUCUCUGAUCUCAGCCAUCUUAGGACAGAUGACGAUGCUGGAGGGCAGCGUGGCGGUCCGGGGGAGGAUGGCCUACGUCGCUCAGCAGGCCUGGAUCCUGAACGCCACGCUGAGAGACAACAUCCUGUUUGGACGGGAAUACCAGGAGGACAGGUACCAGUCUGUCCUCAGUGCCUGCUGCCUCAAACUGGACAUGACUCUGCUGCCUAAUGCUGACCUCACAGAGAUCGGAGAGCGCGGCGCCAACUUGAGUGGCGGCCAGCGGCAGCGGAUCAGCUUGGCCCGAGCGCUGUACAGCGACCGGGACGUUUACAUCAUGGAUGAUCCUCUGAGCGCUCUGGACGCCCACGUGGCCAAUCACAUCUUCCGCAACGCCAUCAAGAAGCAGCUUCACAACAAGACCGUCAUCUUUGUCACCCACCAGCUGCAGUACAUGGUGGACUGUGAUGACAUCAUUCUGAUGAGGGAGGGGAGCAUAGUGGAGCAGGGUAACCAUGACGACUUGAUGAAGCUGAAUGGAGACUAUGCAGCCAUGUUCAACCACUUCCAGCUGGGGGACCCACCCGUCAUAGAGGUCCCCAGCAGGAAGCAGGGUGGCUCUCAGAGGAAGCCGGCCGACACCAAACCAGGAUCCGUGAAGAAGAGUUCGCCGGUUGUCAAAGACAACGGUGAGGAGCAGCAGUACGGGGCCGUGUCCUGGCCCGUGUUCAGGGUCUACAUGGCGGCUUGCGGAGGCUCCGCCCCCUGCCUGCUGAUCCUGGUUCUGUUUGUUCUCAAUGUGGGAAGUGCGGCUUUCUGCCACUGGUGGCUAAGCUACUGGAUCAACCAGGGCAGCGGGAAUACCACGGUAACCGUGGGCAACAGCUCAGCAAUGAGUGUCAGCAUGAAGGACAAUCCCAAGAUGCAACAGUACGCCGUCAUUUAUGCCUCUUCCAUGGGAGUGAUGCUGAUCUUCAAAUUCAUCCGAGGAAUCGCCUUCGUCAAGGGAACUUUGAGAGCUUCCUCUAAACUGCAUGACCAACUUUUCCACAAAAUCCUGCGCUGCCCCAUGAAGUUCUUCGACAUGACUCCUACAGGACGGAUCCUCAAUCGCUUCUCCAAGGACAUGGAUGAAGUUGACACCCGGUUGCCUUUCCAGGCGGAAAUGUUUAUCCAGAACGUGAUCCUGGUCUUCUUCUGUCUGGGUGUCAUCAGCUGUGUUUUCCCAUGGUUCCUAGUGGCUGUUGGACCUCUGGUCUUGGGCUUUGCUGUUCUCCACAGCGUCUCUAAGGUCUUCAUCCGGGAGCUGAAACGUUUGGACAAUGUGACGAUGUCGCCUUUCAUGUCCCACAUCAUGUCCAGCAUCCAGGGCUUGACGACUCUGCAGGCCUACGACCGUGGCCAGGACUUCCUCCGCAGGUACCAGUUUUUACUAGACCAGAACCAGGCUCCCUUCUACCUGUUCAGCUGCGCCAUGCGCUGGCUGGCGGUUCGUCUGGAUAUCAUCAGCGUGUCUCUGAUCAGCAUGACGGCUUUGAUGAUGGUCCUGAUGCACGGACAGAUCCCCCCUGCCUACGCCGGGCUGGCCAUAUCCUACGCUGUCCAGUUAACAGGACUGUUCCAGUUCACGGUGCGACUCGCCUCAGAGACCGAAGCUCGCUUCACCUCUGUGGAGAGAAUCCAUCACUACAUCCAGUCUCUGUCCCAGGAGGCUCCCGCCCGGGUUAAAGGUCAGGCUCCUCCGCCUGACUGGCCCCAGCAGGGGGAGCUGGUGUUCCGGGAUGUGGAGAUGAGGUACCAGGAGAACCUCCCUCUGGUUCUGAACAAGAUCUCAUGCUCCAUUAGACCAAAGGAGAAGGUCGGCAUCAUCGGCAGAACCGGAUCAGGGAAGUCGUCUCUGGGCGUUGCCUUGUUCCGGUUGGUGGAGCGCACCGGAGGCUCCAUCCUGAUCGACGGCAUCGACAUCAGCGACAUCGGAUUGGCCGAUCUGCGCAGCAAGCUGUCCAUCAUCCCGCAGGACCCGGUUCUGUUCAGCGGGACGGUCAGGUCCAACCUGGAUCCGUUCAACCAGUACAGAGAGGAGGAGAUCUGGGACGCUCUGGAGAGGAGUCACAUGAAGGAGUCGGUGUCUCAGCUUCCUCAGAGGUUGGAGUCGGAGGUGGUGGAGAACGGUGAGAACUUCUCGGUGGGGGAGAGGCAGCUGCUGUGUGUGGCCAGAGCUCUGCUGAGGCAGUGCAAGGUGUUGGUUCUGGACGAGGCCACGGCCGCCAUGGACGCGGAGACGGACUUCCUGAUCCAGGAGACGAUCCGGAGCUCGUUCCAGGACUGCACCACGCUGACCAUCGCCCACCGACUCCACACCGUCCUGUCGUCCGACCGCAUCAUGGUGCUGACCCGGGGACAGGUGGCGGAGUUCGACGAGCCGGCCCAGCUGCUGGCCAAUGAGAACUCUCGGCUGUGUUCGAUGCUGGCGGCCGCAGAGAGCAAAGUGUCCGUCCGAGGAUGAGGAGGAUGAUGAGGAAGAAGCUGCUCUCAGAAACCUCGGUGCUGCUCGGUUUCCAUUUUAUUUAUUCAUGUUGAACUCGUUUUGACGCUCUGAGGAGGCGGCACCGUGUGACUGGCUGCAUGCGGAGGUGGGUGGGGUCAAAGGUCAAAGCCUGUGGUUUCCCGUCUGUACAGGUCAGGGGUUUGCAACCUGUGGCUCCGGACCCAAAAGUGGCUAAAGAAAAUGCAGCAACAAGAAUAAUUUUUUUAAAUUUAGAUUUUAUCAAUUUAUUAGGUUUAUUUUUCUCACCAUUACGUUGGAAACUAAGUGCUGCUUUGGUUUACGUCACAUGACACAAUAUUGGGGCAAAAGAUUUAUAAAACUAUGAGAAUACACUUUUAAAAGAGAAUUAAAUCACAUGAGAAUAAAGUCAAUAUUCUGACAAUAAACUUGUAAUAUUACAAGAAUGAAGUUGAAACAUUGCGCUUUGUUGUCAUUGUUACAUCAUUUUAUUUUAAAAGAUGUUUAUAGCGUGGCGCUAAUACUCUGUGGUAACACCAACAUCCCCUGGAAUAAAAUUAAUCUAUCCUGGGGUUUUAAAUGUUAAUUAAAUGUUUUGGGGUUUUUUCUUUGUUUUAAAACAUAAAAAUAAAAAAAUGAAAUGUUGCUUCCUUAAGAAUGGCCACAAUUUUCCUAUAGUAUCUAUUUAUUUAAACGUUUUUGUUGUGUUUUCACUAAAGAUGUAACAUUUGCAGAGUUUUAUUUAUUUAGCUGGAGUGAUGGUUGCAGACCCCUGGUAUGAAGCAUCUGCUGAUGUGAAGUUGUUAAUCCAAUCGUCUUAGUUUUACUGUCGGAGGAGAUCGGCAGAGACGCUUCUGCGUCUCCAGCUGUAGCAAAUGAUGACGUAAUCAUCUUUAUUAUCCGCGUCAAAUCCGUUAUAAUCAGCCUGAUGCGCUUUAAUGUGGAAUGUAGAGAGCUUUUAAUAAUAAUUUAAACGUCUGAGGUGCAGAACCUCUUUGCCUUUAAAGACUUUUGGCCUUUCAGAGGGAGGCAUUGCCGCCCCCUGCAGGACAAACACUGUUACUGCACAGGAAUCGGCCGUCAUGAUGCAGUUUCUGCUGUGUGCCUGUAGGGGGCAGCACGCACACGGUACAGAGUCACUGUAAAUGAGCCGCUACGUGUUGAGAAGCGGAGCGUGGACCCGCUGCUGCUGCUGUGACGUCAUGAACACGUCACCGCCUCGGUCAUUGCAGAGCGAUGAGAUGUUUUCACUCUGAAUCUUCUUGUGAUAGAUCAGUCUUUGUCAAAGUGUCUCCGUGUUGGUGUCUGUAUUUUUAUAAGAGCAUGAUGAACAAAAUCAGUAAAAGCAUUUUAACACACUC